AUGAUCACCAAAGUUCUGGAAGCAGGUAACCACACAGCAACCAUACAUUUCAUUCUUCUGGGAUUUCCAACACGGCCAGCCUUCCAGCUUCUCCUCUUCUUCGUGUUCCUGGCAACCUACCUACUGACUCUGCUGGAGAACGCUCUCAUCAUCCUGGCCAUUCGCGGUGACAGACAACUGCACAAGCCCAUGUACUUCUUUCUGAGCCACCUCUCCUUCCUGGAGAUGUGGUAUGUCACCGUCAUCAGCCCCAAGAUGCUGGUGGACUUCCUCAGCCAUGACAAGACCAUUUCCUUCAAUGGCUGCAUGACUCAACUUUACUUCUUUGUGACCUUUGUCUGCGCAGAGUACCUCCUCCUCGCCGUUAUGGCCUUUGACCGCCACGUAGCCAUUUGUAAUCCACUACGCUACCCAGUUAUCGUGACCAACCAGCUCUGUGGUACCCUGGCGGGGGGAUGCUGGCUCUGUGGACUCACAACUGCCACGAUUAAGAUGGUUUUCAUAGCCCGACUCCACUACUGUGGCAAACCUCACAUCAACCAUUAUUUCUGCGAUAUUUCUCCGCUCCUCAGCAUCCCCUGCGAAGACUCCUCGCAGGCAGAGCAAGUAGACUUCUUUCUGGCCCUCGUGGUUAUUGCCGUCCCCCUUUGUGCAGUGGUGGCGUCUUAUGCCACCAUUGUCAGUGCCAUCCUUAGGAUCCCUUCUUCACAAGGCCGCCAAAAGGCGUUUUCCACCUGUGCCUCUCACCUGACUGUUGUAACUCUCUUCUAUUCCACAACCCUUUUCACCUAUGCCCGCCCCAAGCUCAUGUACACCUACAGUUCCAACAAAUUGGUAUCUGUGCUCUACACGGUUAUCGUCCCCCUCCUCAACCCCAUCAUCUACUGUCUGAGGAACCAGGAAGUAAAGGCAGCCCUCAAGAAGACCAUACUGUGCCAAGGAAGUCGUUCCAGAGGGGAUGUGGCUUUGAGCAAUUAA